AUGGCCAUGGAUGAUGAUCGCGCGUGGGUAUUUGACGAAUUGCAUUGCUUCUCCUUCUUAACUUGUCUCGAAAACAAAGCAAACACAACUUCAAGGCAGCAAAAAACAAAAGACAAAAAAGAACCUCGGACCUCCAUAACUGCGAUCUCCUCACUCCCCUGCCAUUCCAUCUCCGCCAACUCAAAACGCCGUCAUUCGUGGACGAGACCACCCGCGUUUAGGAACCAGUACGACACCGAUGUGACCAUGCUGAGCCUGUCGGAGCGGCUCUUCCUAGUGGAGUAUGCCAUGGAAGCCAUCAAGCAGGGCUCUGACGCCAUCAGCCUCUGGUGGAGGACCCAUGCCGUCCUCGCCUGCAUCAACAAGGCCGACUUGGAGCUCUCCUCCCACCAGAAGAAGAAUUUCAAGGUUGACAAUCACAUCGCCGUUGCCAUUGCCGGCCUCACCGCCCACGGCCAUGUCCUGUCAUGCUACAUGCCCUCCGAGUGCAUCAAGCACGCCUUCAUCUACAAGUCAUCGCUCUCCGUCAUCCGGCUCGUCAUUCAGUUCGCCAAUAAGGCUCAAGUUUGCACCCAACGAUCAUGGAAACGGCCCAAUGGUGUUGGUCUGCUGGUAGCUGGCUUGGAAGAAUCUGGAGCCCACCUCUAUUACAACUGUCCGAGUGGGAACUGCUUUAAAUAUCAGGCUUUUGCCAUUAGGUCCCGUUCGCAAGCUGCCAAAACAUAUUUGGAGCGCAGGUUUGAGAACUUCAUCGACUCUUCGCGGGAUUUGGUCAAGGAUGCGCUGAUUGCAUUAAACGAGACUUUGCAAGGAGAGAAGCUCAAGAGUUCCAUUUGCGUGGUCACUGAAGUCAGAGUGGGAGAGCAACUCCACAUACUAGAUCAGGAUAAGGUACAACAGUUAAUCAAUGCAUUUGAGCUUGUGGAGGAGGAAGAACCUCAUUCUGCAGAAGCAAGUCCCGCAGAUCAGGCCGCUGUUGAAGGAGAGGGUGCUUCUCCCGACCAAGCUGCUGCUCCUACCAAAAUUUAAGAAUGGUUGAACUAGCAAGCAACCUUGUUCUCGUGAGACUUUCAGCAUGUGUUUACAAAGGCGAGGACGAAACGAUUGAUGGCACCUGCCAGUAAUGUCAUUUCAUUGUCAGGUCCUGGACUUUGUCGACUCAUAGAUGGGAAAAUUGCAAACAUGCUAUUGCCAGCCUCUUCCCAGUUUAGAUUUAUAUACCUAUUUCCCCAAGAUAUAGUUAUUUUUCUUAUGUUCCCAGACACAUCUCUUGAAUCCCUUGCGACUUGCAGUUUCCACAUCGUGGCGCUUGCCAUAGUCAGUGAGCAUAUUUUUCAUCAUAUUAAGUUAUACUUGGAUUCUGUAAAGCAAUUGGAGCUUCAAGUGAGUUCGUUGAUACCAUUUGCUUCUGUAUGACCCCUUGGAGUUUAACAGUAUCAGC